GUUACGCGACUGUUGAUUAUGGUUCAAGCAUGUGUUCCAAGUGCUGAUACACUCGUGGUUCAAACGAUUUAAAGUCACGUGAGAAUUUAUCAGAAGCCAAACAAUGAAAAGAAGAGGAUAUUCGAUCAUAAAUCCAUAUGCUUGUGAUAUAAAUGUAAUGUGUUCCACUCUACGUCAUAAUUGUGCGUUGCCUCCUCCGGAAAUACGUCUCCAGCAGGAGCAAUUCACUUGAGGUGCAUGAGAUUGGCGCUUUCUGACAAGUUCUUCUGUAUGUUAACAAAUUGAAAAUCCUGCAAGCUCAACCGGGAAGUGACUCUGGCCAAGGGAGUUGGCCCUACCGGACUUAUCUUUGUUUGGAUAGUUGUGUAGCUAAACAUAGCCAUGCCGCCCGUCCUCGGAGCCACCAGCCCCGCCGCGGUGUUUGCCGAAGCGCUGGAGAACUCCGGCAGGAUUAUUGACAGACACCUCCAGGAGGACCGUUGCUUCCCUGACCUGUCAGAACUUCUUUCAGUUUUCUCCCACAAUGUUCCGUCGCUGUCCGGUACGUCAGAUAUGGACUACCCCCUGCAGGGUCCAGGUUUACUCAGCAUACCGAACCUCCCAGAGCUCAGUGCUGUCCGUAGAGUUCCUCUACCUCCAGAACUUGUUGAGCAGUUCAGCCAUAUGCAGUGUAAUUGCAUGAUGGGUGUUUUUCCUGAGAUCUCUCGAGCCUGGCUGACGAUUGACAAUGAUAUCUUCAUGUGGAAUUAUGAAGAUGGAGGGGAUGUGGCUUACUUUGACGGUCUCAUCGAAACCAUCCUUUCAGUAGGACUGGUAAAACCUAAACCAGGGAUGUUUCAGCAGAACAUUGACUACUUGCUGGUGCUCGCUACGUCAGUGGACGUUGUUAUCCUGGGGCUCAGCUUUCCUAAAGGCCAGGCUGGCCUGAACGACAGCAUGUCUGGGGGCAUGCAGCUGAUGCCAGACCCCCUCUACACCAUCCCCACGGACAACGUCUACAUCCACGCCAUCACCGCCACCGACCAGGGCCGCAUGUUCAUGGCGGGAAAGGACGGCUGCCUGUACGAGAUGGCCUACCAGGCGGAGGCGGGCUGGUUCAGCCAGCGCUGCCGCAAGAUCAACCACUCCAAGAGCAGCCUGUCCUUCCUCAUCCCCUCCGUGCUGCAGUUCUCCUUCUCCGAGGACGAUCCUAUUCUGCAGAUCGCCGUCGACAACUCCCGCAACAUUCUCUACACACGCUCGGAGAAAGGGAUGCUACAGGUAUAUGACCUCGGUGCAAACGGACAGGGCAUGAGCCGCGUGGCAUACAUGUGUCAGAACACCAUCGUCAACGCGGCUGGAAACAUCGCCAAGACCAUUGAUCGCUCAGUGUUCAAGCCCAUCGUCCAGAUCUCUGUGAUCCAACGCUCAGAGUCUUCCAACUGCCACCUCCUGGCCAUCACCCACGCAGGCGUGCGCCUCUACUUCUGCACCGCUCCCUUUGCACCCCCUCCCCAUAAGAGCGCGGGACCGCGGCCCUCCACGCUGGCCCUGGUCCACGUGCGCCUCCCCCCGGGCUUCUCCGCCUCGUCAACGCUGCAGAAGCCCAGCACGGUCCACAAGGCCCUCUACAGCAAAGGCGUUCUGUUGAUGGCCGCAUCUGAGACCGAGGACAGUGACCUGCUGUGGUGCAUCAACCACGACUCCUUCCCCUUCAAGAAGCCCCUGAUGGAGGCUCAGAUGAUGUCCAAUGUGGACGGCCACUCCUGGGCCCUCAGUGCCAUCGACGAGGAGCGGCCCAGCCGGGGGUCCAGCCCCCUAAACAGAGAGCUGAUCCCCCUCACUGACUCCCCCGUGGUGGUGCAGCAGCACAACAUUCCCCAGCAGAAGUUUGUGCUCCUCUCCGCAAAGGGGAGCCACAUCUUCCACAAGCUGCGCCCGGUGGACCAGCUGAGGCAUCUGCUGGUGACGUGUGCUGGAGGAGAGAGCGAGGAAGUGGAGCGCUUCUUCAAACUGCACCGGGAGGAGCAGGCCUGCGCCACCUCCCUGAUCCUGGCCUGCUCCAGGGCGGCCAGUGACCGCGAGGUGUCCCAGUGGGCCACCCGGGCUUUCUUCAGGUACGGAGGCGAAGCACAGAUGAAGUUUGCCUCUGCCUUCCAGACCACUGCCUCGGCGGGCCCCAUGUUUGGCUCUCCUGUACAGGGAAUGAGCCCUCACUUCAACCCCAACAUCUGCUCCACGCCCAUGGGGCCGGUGACGGCCGGGCCGGAGGUCGUCUUCUCCGGGAAGCACAGCGGGAUCUGUAUCUACUUCAGCCGCAUCCUGGGGAACGUCUGGGAUGGGAGCCUUGCUGUUGAGAAGACCAUCAACGCGGGCAACCAGAUUCUCAUCAUUUUGGAGAGCACCGUGGCUGUGGGGGACCUGGAGAGGGUUCUACAGGAGCUGCUAGGCCUGAGGGAGUUUCUGGACAAGAACUCCCAGUUCAGCCAGUCCUCACUGGGGCCCGCCAGCUUUGGCUCCCCGGCCAACCUGCAGCAGCGUCUGCUGGGCUUCAUGCGGCCCGACGGUGCCAGCACCCAGCAGGUCCAGCAGGAGCUCCAGAGGAAGUACCAGAUGGAGGCCCAGGUGCAUGAGAAGAUGUCCCUGCAGGAGCUGCAGCAGCUGGUGCACCGCUCCUGUCAGACCCUGGCCCUGUGGAAGCUGCUCUGCGACCACAAGUUCAGCCUCAUCCUCUCUGAACUGCCCACGGAGUACCAGGACCAGAUGAAGGGCGCCAGCUUCCGCGACGUGGUGAUCCGCGGCAAGGAGCUGAGCGGGGCGCUGAUCACGGCCCUCAUCAACGUCUACAUCAAGGACAACGCCAGCGUGGACGCCGUCAGCCGCCACCUCCGGGACACCUGCCCACUGCUGUACACCAGCGACGACAGCGUCUGCUCCAAGGCCAACGAGCUGCUGCAGGGCUCCAGGCAGAUCCAGAACAAGGCGGACAAGGAGAGAACCCUGAGGGAGUCGCUUCAGCUCUACCAGCAGAUCAGCCAGCACACGGACCUGCCACUGGUCUGCUUCCAGUACAGACAGGUGCGCUUCUACGAGGGAGUGCUGGAGCUGUGUCUGACGGCGGCCGAGAAGAAGGACCCCCAGGGCCUGGGGCCGCACUUCUACAAGAACGGGGAGCCGGAGGACGACAGCGCGGGCCACCUGGCCUUCCAGGAGAGACUGCUGUGCUACAAGUGCAUCACGGACACCAUGCAGGAGCUGGUGACCCACAGUCAGGCCGCCCCCCAGUCCCCCAGUGUGCCCAAGCAGCCGGGACCCCCCGUCAUGACCUCCGACCCCAACAUGCUCAGCAAUGAGGAUGCCACCGCUCACUUCGAACAGAUGCUGCAGCUGGCCCAGAGGUCCCAGGACGAGCUGUUUCACAUCGCCCUGUACAACUGGCUCAUCCAGGCCGACCUCACGGAGAAGCUGCUGGAGGUGAACUCGCCCUACCUGGAGGACCACCUGAAGCGCAUGAACAAACAGGACCAGAGCAAGGUGCGAAACAUGGACCUGCUGUGGCGCUACUACGAGAAGAGCCGCAACUUCGGCAAGGCGGCGCACGUGCUGGCGCACCUGGCCGAGAUGCGCAGCACGGAGAUCUCCCUGAAGCAGCGUCUGGAGUACAUCUCCAGGGCCAUCCUGUCGGCCAAGAGCUCCUCCACCCUCUCCACGCAGGGAGCUGACGGGGAGUUCCUCCACCAGCUGGAGGAGAAGAUGGAGGUGGUGCGCAUCCAAGCCCAGAUCCAGGAGACGCUGGCCAGGCAGUACUCCCAGCAUCCGUCAGCCAAGAAGGCCAUAUCCGAGUUGGACCUGGAGAUCAUACAUAUCUCUAAGCUCUUUGCAGGGUACGCCGAGUACUUCAAACUGUCCGAGUGCAAGCUGGCCAUCGUCCACUGUGCGGGCCACUCAGACACCAUCCUGAUCCACUCGCUGUGGCGCGACAUCAUCGAGAAAGAGCUGGCCGACAGCCAGGCCAUGAGCCCCCAGGACAGAAUGAGGUCCCUCAGCCUGAAGCUGGUGUCCCUGGGAAAGCUGUACGCCGGGACGCCCAGAUACUUCCCUCUAGAGUUCCUGGUGAUGCACCUGGAGCAGGAGGUGUGCCGGCUCCAGUGGGACGUGGGCUUCGUCAUCGUCACCACCCUGGAGAUCGGCGUGCAGCUGCAGCGCCUGCUCGACGUCUACGACCAGCUGUUUAAGACGCGGGACCCCUGCUGGCAGCGUCUGAAGAAGCCCCUCCACCUGGUGGAGUGUAUCCACGUUCUGCUGUCUGGAUACGUGGACGACCCCAGCAGGGUGCCCGCCUUUGACAGGCGGCGCUUCACCAACGUGUGCCUGGAUAACAUCUGCGGCUACCUGGUGGAGCUGCAGUCUCUCAGCCCCAACUCGGCUCUGCAGCAAACCAUCGGCAACUUCAAGGCCCUGCAGUCCAAGCUGCAGAAGGUGCACUGACCGGUGAGCCCACCCCCCCACCACCCCGCAGAACACACCGGCGAGGAGACCCCUGCGGACCUGGGGGGCCCGGUCCCCAAAGUACAAUAAACUGUUCUCGAUGGGUCAACCACAUCUUGCACAAAGGACUUUUUAUUAGGGAUUUCUCUCCAUUUUACUUCACUUUUCCCCGAGAAUGCUGUCAAGUUGUCAUCGACCAAGUUGGGUUUUCAGUUGGCACACUGAAAGGCUGUAGUGUGGAUCCAGUUUUAUAAAUACAAUGAAGCGUGUGUAUGAGAGAAGUAAGCGGCUAUCACUUUGGAAGAUAAGACACUGCUGACUGCAUUGAUUUCAAACAACAUUGUUUAAAGUAUACGAGGUCAUAAUAAAAUCAUGCAUGAUUUGGAAUAUACAUCAACAUGGACGUUAAUCGAAGAUGAUUUUUAGUCAUCGUCCUUGAUUGGACUUCAAUGUUUGAUAUUGAUUGGCAAUAAGAAGAAAAGUAUUCAAUAGUUUAAUAGCAUAAGCAAUUUCAACUGUUUUGAUCGCUUUUCCAAGCAGGACAAUACGCUUUCUUUAUAUACAACUUUGUUUUUUUAUAUAGUGAUACUUUUCUAAGUGACUCAUUAAUUCAAGUGCCCUUGUGAAUAGCUGCUUUGGAUAAUUAUGUUUGAGUAUACGGCCAAGCCGAGCUCUCAAAUGUGUUUGUUCUGCUUCUAAUUCUCUGAGGCAUAAUACCAUUUUUAGGUUGGGUUUGUUGUUGCAUUUCUGUAUAAAGUUUCUGUUUGAAGUUUUGAGUGUUGAUAAUUACAACCUGUUUGAGUCUCCUUGACCUUUUCUGAAUUGUGCUUUUAAAACUCUUAAGAGGGUCUUGAAUAAAUAACGAUUUUAUUUUACAAACAUUUCUCAAGCAGUAGACUGCUGGUGAUUGCGAGUUACUGAGUCGACUAAGGACUGACUUUAUUUAAAAAGCUAAAUUAGCUUAUUGGGUCUUGAUUUUAUGUCGCUAAAUUGCCUCCUUUAAACUAGAAACAAGAAACGCGUUCUCAUGCCAAACAUUCCUUUAUUUCUUUAUAAACAAUCACUUGCAACUUUCAGAAGAGUUCACUCUUGAACUGCGGAAUAAGUUAUGUUCAACAGUACAUGAAUAACAGUAAUUAUGUUACGAUCUAUGAAUAAAAGUGCUUAAUGUUAAAUGUUUUUUUAAAUAUA